AUGAUUAUUCACUUGCAACUAGUUGGUCUUUUCAUUACUGUACUAUUGACUCAAACAAUAGCCAGUAAAUCGUAUUAUGUAACAAAAUCUGGUAAGGAUAGUAAUGCGGGAACAUCUGAAUCAGCUUCUUGGUUGACAAUACAGAAAGCAGCUAGUUCAGCAACAGCUGGUUCUACCGUUUACAUUGGUUCUGGAAUUUAUUAUGAAACAGUAACAAUUAAUGUACAAGGCAAUGCCAUGGAUGGAUCAAUUACAUUUACCAAUUUGACACCAAAUACAGUACCUAUUAUUUCAGGCAAAGAUGUCAAGGUUGCAUCAGCUGAUGGAACAAAAAAUUUAAUUUUUAUAUCGAAUAAAAGUUAUCUACGUUUUAUUAAUCUUGAAUUGAUGAAUUUGACGGCAACAGAAUGUAGUGGAGUAAGAAUUCUUGGUGGUGGAACAAAUAUUGAACUUCGAAAUUUACAUAUUCAUAACAUUCGUGGUGGAUCAGAAAAUGGUGGUGCCAUGGCUAUCACUGUCUACAAUGAAGAUCAGAAAACAAGUCGUCGUCAGUUGAUCAUUGAUAAUUGCACAUUACAUGAUUGCGAUCCAGCAUGGAGUGAAGCUUUAACAUUGAAUGGUAACAUCGAACUGUUUCAGAUAACUAACAAUCGAGUAUACAACAUGAAUAAUAUUGGAAUUGACUUCAUCGGUGGAGAAAAUGGAGUAAGUUCUCUAGGAGCACGUUCAGGUCGAUGUGCUAAUAAUACUGUCUGGAAUAUUCAUUCAGUCUAUGAUGGAAGUGCGGCAGGUAUCUACGUAGAUGGAGGCUCAAAUAUCACUAUAGAAUGGAAUGAAGUCUAUCAAUCAGAUAUGGGAAUAGAAAUCGGAGCGGAGAACAAAGGUCGUGUAGCUGCAAAUAUGACUGUACAACAUAAUUAUCUUCACAAUAAUGAUAAAUAUGGUCUAGCUUUUGGAGGAUACGAUUCUAAACGUGGCGAGGUUAUUAAUAGUUUAUUUGCAGAUAACCAACUCGUGCAAAACGAUGUCAAGCUUACUGGUGGUGGAGAAAUUGCUGUAUCGAAUGCUUCAAACAAUUUUGUUCUUCGUAACAUUGUAAAACCAAAUAAACAAAAUAUAAUUUUCUUGGUAGAUCAGACAUUAGGUUUAAAGAAUCAAUUUGAUUAUCAAGUAUACUAUCCAUAUGGACAAGGUGUGACUCAAAAAAAUCUUAUUUUCAGUUGGGGAAACAAUAGAUAUGUUGGAUUGAGUACAUUUCAACAGAAAACCAAUCAAGAAAUGCAUGCUACAGUCAAGACUAGUUAA